AUGUCUGCCAGAGCCAGAGCACGACAAUCCACCGCUGACCCUGGCGCCUCUGCCAUCAAAGAUCUGCCGCCCUACGAGCCGCCUGAGAACCCGCUCACCAUCCAAAGCCAGCGUGCCUUGGCCAACAUCCUGAGAGAACACCAGCACCAGAAGCUGGAGGCACACCUUCGUCAGGCCGCACAGGCUCUGAGCGAUAAUGCUAACGCCAUCAAUUACCGUCUAUCCGACCGCAAAGCCCGGCACUUCAAGCGCACCCAGAAGCACGCCGACUCCUUGACUGAAGUGGAUCAGCAACGCGCUCAGCACCUCGAGCAAUUCGAUGUUCGCGUCACUUCCAUGACCAAGCGGAUGGAAGAAACCGUGCGCAAAACCAUCGAUGGCCAGCACUUUGCCGGUGCCCUUGAGGAACAGCUUUCCCACGUCGAGAACCGGGCCGUCGCCAAUGCCUCUGCAUCCCAGCGCAUGACCCAACCCCAGCGCCGAGACGACGACGACGACGACGACGACGACGACGACGACGACAUGACCGACUUUAAUCCCACCCUUCCCGGUCAGACACAGCAGCAAGUGCAGGCCAUUGUGCCCAAGGACGUUUUCGAGCAGCGAUACCAAGCCCAGAAAGACAAGUAUCAGGCAUUGUCACUGCGGAUCCGCUACUCGGAGCACGCCGACUAUGUCAGCUUCAAGAAGGCCGUUCACGACGGCACAUACCCCAACGGCGAAGGUCCACCGCUGGCACACGCAGACGCGUGGUUCACGAGCGCGGGCGCCCCAGCCCCAGGCGUCACACAAGUCGGGGCCGGGGCCGACGAUUCAGACGACGACAUCGCCGUCGCGUACGAGCGCAUCAGCACCAAGUGCCCUCUCACUCUCCAAGAGCUGCAGGAUCCGGUCACCAGUACCAAGUGUCCGCAUACGUUCGAGAGAGCAAGCAUUGCAGAACUCCUCCGAUCCAGCCAUACGUACAGCGGAGGUAGUGGUCGGAGAGGUGCUAGGGACGGGAUAAAGACGGUGCAAUGUCCGCAGACUGGGUGUGACAAGAUGCUUACCGCAGACGAUUUACGACCCGAUCCCUCCCUCAUCCGCAAGAUCCGGCGCAUACAAAAGGCACGGCAAGAGAUGGAAGAUUCGGAUGACGAGGAUGCGGACAACUCUCGGGUGCUCAUACCUUCUGACAAUAGAGACGGCUACGACGAUAUUGAUGUCGAGGUCGAUGAUGCAGCGAACCAGCGGGUGGUGCCAAAAAUUGAGCGGUUCAGCGGAGUUUCACGAGAUGGCGGUGUUGACUCUGGCAUGGGAUACGAUGGCACAAUGGAGAGCGAGAUCGUGGACUUGGGGAGCGGGAGCGAGAGCGACGAAGAAUGA